UCAAAUCCCUCAACAAGACCUACCAGAACCUGAAGAGGAAGCCAGUGGCCAUCGACCUGGACCCAAAGGCUGUCACCUGCGACGAGCUGUUUGGCAUCAUCAACCCUGCGACCAGGGAGUGGAAGGAUGGCCUGUUCUCGACCAUCAUGAGGGACCUGGCCAACAUCACACACGAUGGCCCCAAGUGGAUUGUGCUGGACGGGGACAUAGAUCCCAUGUGGAUUGAGUCCCUCAACACAGUCAUGGAUGACAACAAGGUCCUCACCCUGGCCAGCAAUGAGCGAAUUCCCCUGAACCGCACCAUGAGGCUGGUGUUCGAGAUCAGCCACCUGAGGACAGCCACGCCGGCCACCGUCUCCAGGGCUGGUAUACUCUACAUCAAUCCCGCCGACCUAGGAUGGAACCCGGUGGUGAGCAGCUGGAUUGAGAGGCGCAAGGUGCAGUCGGAGAAGGCCAACCUGACCAUCCUCUUCGACAAGUACCUGCCCACAUGCCUGGACAAGCUGCGCGUGGGCUUCAAGAGGAUCACCCCGGUGCCCGAGAUCACGGUCAUCCAGACCAUCCUGUACCUGCUGGAGUGCCUGCUCACGGAGAAGAACGCCCCGCCCGACUCCCCCAAGGAGCUAUACGAGCUCUACUUCGUGUUUGCCUGCUUCUGGGCCUUCGGCGGAGCCAUGUUCCAGGACCAGCUCAUUGAUUAUCGAGUGGAGUUCAGCAAGUGGUGGAUCAAUGAGUUUAAAACAAUCAAGUUACCCUCGCAGGGGACCAUAUUUGACUACUACAUUGACCCCGAAACAAAGAAGUUCCUGCCUUGGACAGAUAAAGUGCCCAAUUUCGAGCUAGACCCUGACGUCCCGCUGCAGGCCUCCCUGGUGCACACCACAGAAACCAUCCGCAUCCGGUACUUCAUGGACCUGCUCAUGGAGAAGGCCUGGCCUGUGAUGCUGGUGGGCAAUGCGGGCACCGGCAAGUCGGUGCUCAUGGGGGACAAGCUGGACAGCCUCGGCACGGACGACUACUUGGUGCAGGCUGUGCCCUUCAACUUCUACACCACCUCGGCCAUGCUGCAGGGGGUGCUGGAGAAGCCCCUGGAAAAGAAGUCGGGAAGGAACUAUGGCCCCCCAGGCACCAAGAAGCUAAUCUACUUCAUCGAUGACAUGAAUAUGCCUGAGGUGGACAAGUACGGCACGGUGGCCCCACACACCCUCAUCCGCCAGCACAUGGACCACGGGCACUGGUACGACAGGCAGAAGCUGACGCUGAAGGAUGUGCACAACUGUCAGUAUGUGGCUUGCAUGAACCCCACUUCCGGCUCCUUCACCAUUGACCCCAGGCUACAGCGUCACUUCUGCGUGUUUGCGGUGAGCUUCCCCGGCCAGGAGGCCCUCAUCACCAUCUACAACACAAUCCUGGCACAGCACCUGUCAUACCGGUCAGUCCCCUUGGUGGUCCAGCGGCUGAGCAACCAGCUGGUGACUGCAGCCCUGGCCUUGCACCAGAAAAUCGCAACGACGUUCCUUCCCACGGCCAUUAAGUUUCAUUACAUCUUCAACCUCAGGGACCUCUCCAAUAUUUUCCAGGGCAUCCUGUUCUCCACGCUGGAGAUUCUGAAAACUCCCCUGGACCUAGUCCGCCUGUGGCUACAUGAGGCCGAGCGGGUGUACGGGGAUAAGAUGGUUGACGAGAAAGACAAGGACACGCUGCGCAGGGUCACCAUGGCGUCCACCAAGAAGUUCUUUGACGAUCUAGGGGAGGAGAACUUGUUCGCCAGACCCAACAUCUUCUGCCACUUUACCCAAGGGAUCGGUGACCCCAAAUACAUCCCUGUCACGGUCGUGGCUCACCUGAACAAGCUUCUCGUGGACGUCCUGGACAGUUACAACGAAGUCAACGCAGUCAUGAACCUGGUGCUGUUUGAGGAUGCAGUAGCCCACAUCUGCAAGAUCAACCGUAUCCUGGAGUCUCCUCGGGGAAAUGCCCUGCUGGUGGGCGUGGGCGGCAGCGGGAAGCAGAGCCUGUCACGCCUAGCGGCCUACAUCAGCGCCCUGGAUGUUUUCCAGAUCACCCUCAAGAAAGGCUAUGGGGUUUCAGACCUCAAGGUGGACCUGGCUACCCAGUACAUCAAGGCCGCGGUGAAGAACGUGCCCUCGGUGUUCCUGAUGACGGACUCCCAGGUGGCCGAGGAGCAGUUCCUGGUGCUGAUCAACGACCUGCUGGCCUCCGGGGAGAUCCCGGGGCUGUUUGGGGACGACGACCUGGAGAAUAUCAUCUCCUCCAUGCGGCCACAGGUGAAGUCCCUCGGCAUGAACGACACCCGAGAGGCCUGCUGGAAGUUCUUCAUUGACAAAGUGCGCAAGCAGCUCAAGGUGAUUCUGUGUUUCUCCCCGGUGGGCUCUGUCCUGCGAGUGCGAGCCCGGAAGUUCCCUGCUGUGGUCAACUGCACAAGCAUCAACUGGUUUCAUGAGUGGCCAGAAAACGCCCUGGUGUCCGUCAGUGCUCGCUUCCUGGAGGAGACGGGGGGCAUCGAGCCCGAGGUGAAGACCUCCAUCAGCCUCUUCAUGUCGUACGUGCACACCACCGUGAACGAGAUGUCCAAGGUAUACCUGGCGACCGAGAGGCGCUACAACUACACCACACCCAAGACCUUUCUGGAGCAGAUCAAACUCUAUCAGAACCUGCUGGCCAAGAAGAGGCUGGAGCUGGUGGCCAAGAUUGAGCGGCUGGAGAACGGCCUCAUGAAGCUGCAGAGCACAGCCUCUCAGGUGGAUGACCUGAAAGCCAAGCUGGCGGUCCAGGAGAUCGAGCUGAAACAGAAGAAUGAGAACGCGGACAAGCUGAUCCAGGUGGUGGGCGUGGAGACCGAGAAGGUCAGCAAGGAGAAGGCCAUUGCGGAUGAGGAGGAGAUCAAGGUCGAGGUCAUCAAUAAGAACGUCACUGAGAAACAGAAAGCCUGCGAAACAGACCUGGCGAAGGCCGAGCCAGCCCUGUUGGCCGCCCAAGAGGCCCUGGAUACUCUGAACAAGAACAACCUGACAGAGCUGAAGUCCUUUGGUUCCCCGCCGGACGCCGUGGUCAAUGUCACAGCCGCUGUCAUGAUCCUGACAGCACCCGGGGGCAAGAUCCCCAAGGACAAGAGCUGGAAGGCGGCAAAGAUUAUGAUGGGCAAGGUGGACACGUUCCUGGACUCGCUGAAGAGGUUCGACAAGGAACACAUCCCCGAGGCCUGCCUGAAGGCCUUCAAGCCGUACCAGGGCAACCCCACCUUUGACCCUGAGUUCAUCCGCUCCAAGUCCACGGCGGCCGCGGGCCUGUGCUCCUGGUGCAUCAACAUCGUGCGUUUCUACGAGGUCUACUGCGACGUGGCCCCCAAGAGGCAGGCCCUGGAGGAGGCCAACGCCGAGCUGGCUGAGGCGCAGGACAAACUGACCCGGAUCAAAAACAAGAUCGCCGAACUGAAUGCCAACCUGAGCAACCUGACCUCAGCAUUCGAGAAAGCGACAGCUGAGAAAAUCAAGUGUCAGCAGGAGGCCGACGCCACCAACAGGGUGAUCUCACUAGCUAACAGACUCGUGGGAGGCCUGGCUUCAGAAAAUGUGCGCUGGGCAGAGUCGGUGGAGAACUUCAAGGAACAGGGUGUCACCCUGUGUGGGGACGUCCUGCUCAUCUCUGCCUUUGUCUCCUACGUGGGCUACUUCACCAAAAAGUACCGCAACGAACUCAUGGAAAAGUUCUGGAUCCCCUACAUAGAUAAACUAAAGGUCCCGAUCCCCAUCACGCCAGGCCUGGACCCCUUGACCCUGCUCACAGAUGACGCGGAUGUGGCCUCCUGGAACAACCAGGGUCUGCCCAGCGACCGCAUGUCCACGGAGAACGCCACCAUCCUGUGCAACACAGAGCGCUGGCCGCUGAUUGUGGAUGCCCAGCUUCAGGGCAUCAAGUGGAUCAAAAACAAAUACGGCAGUGAGCUGAAGGCCAUUCGCCUGGGGCAGAAGAGCUAUCUGGACAUUAUUGAGCAAGCCAUCUCAGAGGGUGACACCUUGCUCAUUGAGAACAUUGGCGAGACGGUAGAACCUGUGCUGGACCCGCUGCUGGGCAGGAACACAAUCAAAAAGGGGAGGUACAUCAAGAUCGGUGACAAGGAGGGAGUACCACCCCAAAUUCCGGCUGAUCCUUCACACCAAGUACUUCAACCCCCACUACAAACCCGAGAUGCAGGCCCAGUGCACCUCAUCAACUUCCUGGUGACCAGGGACGGGCUGGAGGACCAACUCCUGGCCGCCGUGGUGGCCAAAGAGCGCCCAGACCUCGAACAGCUCAAGGCGAACCUCACCAAAUCUCAGAAUGAGUUCAAGAUUGUGCUGAAGGAGCUGGAGGAUUCUCUCCUGGCUCGGCUGUCGGCUGCGUCGGGGAACUUUCUGGGAGACACCGCCUUGGUGGAAAACCUGGAGACCACCAAGCACACAGCCAAUGAGAUUGAAGAGAAGGUCCAAGAGGCAAAGAUCACGGAAGCCAAGAUCAACGAGGCACGAGAGAACUAUCGCCCAGCGGCAGAACGGGCCUCCCUGCUCUACUUCAUCCUGAAUGACCUCAACAAGAUCAACCCCAUCUACCAGUUCUCCCUUAAGGCCUUCAACGUGGUGUUUGAGAAAGCCAUCCAGAAGACGGCGCCUGCCGACGAGGUGAAGCAGCGUGUGGUGAACCUCACGGACGAGAUCACCUACUCUGUGUACAUGUACACGGCGCGUGGGCUCUUCGAACGGGACAAGCUCAUCUUCCUGGCUCAGGUCACCUUCCAGGUCCUCUCCACGAAGAAGGAGCUGAACCCGUCUGAGCUGGACUUUCUCUUAAGGUUCCCCUUCAAGGCCGGCGUCAUGUCACCCGUGGACUUCCUGCAGCACCAGAGCUGGGGGGGGAUCAAGGCCCUGGCGGAGAUGGAUGAGUUCAAAAACCUGGACAAUGACAUCGAGGGCUCCGCCAAGCGGUGGAAGAAGCUGGUGGAGUCGGAAGCCCCGGAGAAGGAGAUCUUCCCCAAGGAGUGGAAGAACAAGACGGCGCUGCAGAAGCUGUGCAUGGUGCGCUGCAUGAGGCCGGACCGCAUGACCUACGCCGUCAAGAAUUUUGUGGAAGAGAAGAUGGGCAAUAAGUUUGUAGAAGGCCGGAGCGUGGAAUUCUCCAAGUCCUACGAGGAGAGCAGCCCCUCCACACCAAUCUUCUUCAUCCUGUCCCCCGGGGUGGACCCCCUCAAAGACGUGGAGGCCCUGGGGAAAAAACUGGGAUUUACCAUUGACAAUGGGAAACUCCAUAACGUGUCCCUGGGGCAAGGACAAGAGGUGGUGGCCGAGAAUGCCCUGGACGUGGCUGCCGAGAAGGGACACUGGGUCAUUCUGCAGAACAUUCACCUGGUGGCAAGAUGGCUAGGCACCCUGGACAAGAAGGUGGAGCGCUACAGCUCGGGCAGCCAUGAGGACUACCGGGUGUUCAUCAGCGCUGAGCCCGCCCCGACCCCCGAGGCACACAUCAUCCCCCAGGGCAUCCUGGAAAACGCCAUCAAAAUCACCAACGAGCCACCCACGGGCAUGUACGCCAACCUGCACAAGGCCCUGGACCUUUUCACUCAGGACACCCUGGAGAUGUGCACCAAGGAGAUCGAGUUCAAGUGCAUCCUCUUCGCCCUGUGCUACUUCCACGCCGUUGUGGCUGAGAGGCGCAAGUUUGGCGCCCAGGGCUGGAACCGCUCCUACCCCUUCAACAACGGGGACCUGACCAUCUCCAUCAACGUGCUCUACAAUUACCUGGAGGCCAACUCCAAGGUGCCCUGGGAUGACCUCCGCUACCUUUUUGGGGAGAUCAUGUACGGAGGCCACAUCACCGAUGACUGGGACCGCCGGCUGUGCAGGACCUACCUGGGGGAGUACAUCCGUGUGGAGAUGCUGGAAGGGGAAGUGCAGCUGGCCCCCGGCUUUCAGAUCCCCCCAAACCUGGACUAUAAGGGCUACCAUGAGUACAUCGAUGAGAACCUUCCCCCCGAGAGUCCUUACCUGUACGGCCUGCACCCCAACGCGGAGAUCGGCUUCCUGACGGUCACCUCGGAGAAGCUGUUCCGCACGGUCCUGGAAAUGCAGCCCAAGGAGACAGACUCGGGAGCGGGCACGGGGGUGUCCCGAGAGGAAAAGGUGAAGGCCGUGCUGGAUGACAUCCUUGAGAAGAUUCCGGAGACCUUCAACAUGACAGAGAUCAUGGCGAAAGCUGCUGAGAAGACUCCCUACGUGGUCGUUGCCUUCCAAGAAUGUGAAAGGAUGAACAUCCUCACCAACGAGAUGCGGCGCUCACUCAAGGAGCUGAACCUUGGACUGAAGGGUGAGCUGACCAUCACAACAGACAUGGAAGACCUGUCCACAGCUCUGUUCUACGACACUGUGCCUGACAUGUGGGUGGCCCGGGCCUACCCCUCCAUGAUGGGCUUGGCAGCCUGGUACGCCGACCUGCUGCUACGGAUCAGGGAGCUCGAAGCCUGGACAACAGACUUCGUCCUGCCCACCACUGUGUGGCUGGCUGGGUUCUUCAACCCACAGUCGUUUCUCACUGCCAUCAUGCAGUCCAUGGCCAGGAAAAACGAGUGGCCCCUGGACAAGAUGUGUCUGUCUGUGGAGGUGACCAAGAAGAACCGGGAGGACAUGACGGCUCCUCCCCGAGAGGGCUCCUACGUGUACGGCCUCUUCAUGGAAGGAGCUCGCUGGGACACCCAGACCGGAGUUAUUGCUGAAGCAAGGCUGAAGGAUCUGACCCCAGUCAUGCCCGUCAUCUUCAUCAAGGCCAUUCCUGUGGACCGAAUGGAGACCAAGAACAUCUAUGAAUGUCCUGUGUACAAGACGCGCAUCCGAGGACCCACCUAUGUCUGGACUUUUAACCUGAAGACUAAAGAGAAGGCAGCCAAGUGGAUCCUGGCAGCAGUGGCGCUGCUCCUGCAGGCGUAGCUGCUCCUGCAGCAGGCCCAGACUGCAGCCCGGCCCUGCUUGGGUCCUGGCAGGAAACGAGCCUUGACACUGUCACUUCUUAGAGAAAGUGCCAAUUUUUUGACUUCUUAAAAACUGGACUAGGUGGAGGGCAGAGGUGGGUGAAACAGAUUAAAACAAUUGCAGUCACUGUGCCAGUCUGAGUCCGUUCGAUGCCUGACGUCAUCCAGGGCCUAACCCAGACAGCAGUGAAGCCUGAUUCCCAACAGUUAGGAGCACGCAUCCUGAGAAGCAACCACUGAACCUGACUUCCCGAGAGCCCAUCAGGCUCAUGCAAGCAGUAGGUACUGCACACAAAGCGCCUCAGCAAGCAAGCCUAUCGUAACUUACGCCUUCCUCCCCAACCUCUGUCCCAGCACCGCAAAGAGCAAACCAUGACACAGGUGCCACCCUUUCCCACUGAAGCCACUUCACAGACACAGUGAGGAGAGACUGUUGCCACAUGGCUGUGCUCCGGGGUCAGGGGUUUCUCCUGCCUGCAGUGAGGCAAGCAGCACCCUCUUUCCGGGCCCAUGCCUGGGAUUCUUUUCUGUUCCACUCCCCCGACCCCUCGGCCCAUACUCCACACCAACUGUGGGGUGCCUGCGAGGGCUACUCAGUGGUGUUUUCCCACCUGACACACACACCUGGGAGCCCAGCAGAGCCAGCAGCCCUCUUCAUCCGGGAGGCACCUGCCCCAGGUUAUCAUGGGCAGAUAGGUGGGCUGAAGCCUUGCUCACUGGCUGGCUGAGAAGUGUGUUUGCAUGAGAACCAUGAGCAGGAAAGAGAAGAAAGCCAGGCCUCACAGACUGGCGGCAUUGACGGCCAUGUAGCAGGAUGGCCUGGCAGGAGGUGGGGAGGAAGACAAGAGGGUGAUCGGAAGCAGCCAGCAAAGCCUGUAACUCCAGUAAAGGGGCUUUCUGAGGAACAAGGCCCCACUUUCCAGGUUUCUAAGACUUCGAGGUUGAAAGCGAAGGAGAAGAACCCUGCCAGGACGCUGUCCACACCAGCCUGUCUGAUCUUCUGUGAAGUUACAUGUCCCUGAAGGACAGUCACCUAAGGAAAGAGGUCCUGGUACCUGAGCCCCAACCAGGGACAGAGGGAACCUAACUAACCCUGGGAACCAAGGAAGGACAGGAGUUUCAAGAAACCCGAGCUGUGGGGAAGUGCCUCCCACUGGCCAGGAGGGGUCACUGCAGUCCCUCAGAUUGCACAGCCAGACGCUCCCAGCACCUUAUUCCGAUCCCUCAUAAUAAAAUGAGUUUCUCCAA